AUACAGAAGGCAUUCACAAAGAGCGCCUCCCUCUCGGCUGCAGAGCGUAAUAGAGACAAGAUGGCGGCCGCAGCAUCAAUGAUGCCUUACUUUGGGCAGCAGAUUUCCUCCAAACACGACAUGGUGCCGGACUGGACCAGCCAGGAAGUCAGCACCGGGACCACCAUCAUGGCGGUGGAGUACGAUGGAGGAGUAGUGAUGGGUGCUGACUCUCGCACCACCACUGGAGCUUACAUCGCCAACAGAGUAACGGACAAACUGACUCCGAUCCACGACAGAAUCUUCUGCUGCAGGUCAGCUCGCCUCCUUCAUCACGUCCUCUUUAUGAACUGUGUGUGCUGUGAGGAACGUUUCCGCCCCCACA